UAACAUGGUUACAAAAGUAAAAAAUAUUGUUUUUUCUUGAAAGUAAAAUACUGGAGUGUCACCAGCACUUCAACAGCUUGUAAACUACCCCAAAUGAGGGUGUCACCAGUCCCCAUAGUUGGCCCCAUGCACACCAAGAAGUUAUCAGCUGUAACAGGAAGGCUGUACAUCACAACUGAAGACGUGUACCUAUAUAACCCGCAUGAGGAAAUCAACACCUAAAAGCCAAAACAGAAGUAGCGGCUGACAACACCAAGUCGGAAGUAGCCUUUUUCAAAAUCCUCCACUCCUCAAACUGUCAAAUGCUCUGAGAUAUGUGCGCCUGCCUCGACAAACCCAAACAACCGGGUUUGAAGCAGCCUGUCAAAAACUAAACAGAGACGGAGGUGAAGCUGUGAUGCCUGGUCAUGCUGGAGGAGGACAAAAAUAGUGAGGAGGGGAGCGGUAACGUUACCGUGUCAUACGACAAUGAAUUCCACACUGGUGUUAUGGAAGAAGACCUGAGAUGUAUUGAAGAAAUGUCAAAAAAGUACGGCAGCAACGCUCUCAUCAAAGUAAAGGAUUGUUCACCUGGAAAAGUUUUCUUGAAGGGGCUUGUCAUCCUUCCACUUCAUUUGGCAGCUUCAUACAGAAGAGUACAGAGUAUGCAGAGCCUGCUGUCAGCGGGGGCAGACCCCGAAAUAAGGGACCAGCUCGGUCGAACCACGCUGCACCUGGUGAUAUCCACGUGGCCCAACAUCCUGACUUCUGGGCUAAAACCGGGUUCUAAGUUCCAGACUGCUGUGAUUGAUGUACGCAGGCAAGCAGAGGCCUGUUUACAGCUCCUCUGUGAGCACGGGGUUAACAUCAGUGCAGAGGUGGAGGGAGAGAGCCAGCAGACAGCUCUGCACCUAUCAGUGAGCUACUCCGCUGUGUCUGCCAUCCAGAUUCUGGCCAGCUACGGUGCUGAUGUAAACGCUGUGGACAGCAGGGGGAUGACGCCGCUGCACAUGGCGGCUGGGAUCCUUCAUAAGGACAUUAUAGCCAGCUUGAUCAGGCAGGGAGCAGAUAUCAACAUGGGAGUGAAGCACUCUGGGAAUACUCCUCUGCACCUGGCGGUCGUGGCAGUUGCUGUGAAGACCCAUAAAACUAUGGAAGACUAUAUUAGCUGCAUCUCUGAGCUGCUGGAGGGGGGGGCCGAGCCGGACACGGUGAACAACGCUGGAAUGACUCCUCUACAUGAAGCGUGCAGCAUGGGAAACACAGAACUUGUGGACUUGCUGAUGAGAUACGGAGCAAACGUGAAUAAGCUGAGCAGAUCAGGAGAGAACUGUCUGUUCCUGUUCCUGCACCACAGGUGUAACAUAAGGAACAGCUCUCUGCUGGUCAAACUCCUCAACCUGACUUCACCACUCACAGUCUACAACCAGGACGGCCACCUGCCCUCAGCCUUGACACUACCAUGUUUCUUCAAGCAGAGAGACCAGCUACUAAACCUCACCCAACAGCCAAGGAGGCUUCAGGACAUUUGUAAGAGUGAUAUUUAUCUAAAACAUAUCCGAGGAAAGAGAGAAGAGUUGAGGAAGAUAUUGCCCGAGAGGCUCUAUGACUAUACAUUUAAUCACUGGGAGAAUAUACACAACAUCUCCUUUGUGACAGAUGAUGAAAUGGAUUCUUUUAAUAAUGUAUUGAAUAUUAGGUCUAGUUGA